CUUUAAAGGGGAGGGACCUAUGUAUUAUUGCUGUCUGUUACAUUUCCCAGUCGUGGCAGUGGAACGUGAACGGUGCUAAUAUAUCCAGAGUGGAAAAGUCGAGUAUUAAGCGUUCAUUUACUCCUUUUCUGAAAUGGUCUGCUCAACGCAGCAUGUUUACAGAUGGCUGGUUAACGUUUAUUAACGUCUGAUAAGUUCUAAACUGCGCUGUGCGUUAAAUUCCUAACGGUGAGCUAUCGUACGACUACCACCGGUAGCCAGGAAACUGGUUGGAUUUGACACUUGUAUCCGUCCGUGACUGUCACCGAGAAGGCACCUUACCUAUUCGUCUGCGGCAAGGUGCAGGCUGACUGAUCCACUGGAGACCACCUUUUUGGGAGGUAGACAAGGACCGAGCAGUGGAGCACGUCUUGAGGCUUUCAGACCCAGGGCUAGCCGAGCUAGUGAGUUGCUGCCAAAAAAAAAGCACGGAGAGAGCCUGAAAACAGUUUGCCUGGGUGGCAGCAUCACAUCUGGAAAAUGGCCCACCUGGGAGGCAGUCAAAACCAGAAGGAUGCAUGCUUGGGGGUCAGUCACUUACAUUAAACAGCACAGCGGCAAGCCUGAAUGGUUUGGGGACCCUGAGAGCAGCGCGUUGCCUUAGGGGCUGAGAGGGACUGAAAGGGGAGCCUAUUAUCAGCCGAUAAUAGCCCGCCAGGUGGCAAAGGCUGUAAGAAGAACAGUAAGACCCAGCAGAGCGAGGGUGAGAAGAACAAUCCACAGGUUUCAGCUGGGUCUCCUCUUCUCAGCACAUCACGUGCUAGCCUGUAGAACCAGGGGCGGGGCCUGCCCCGCCGAUGUUCCACACAACCAUCUCCGGGGAACGCUUCACCGCUGCCGUCCAUCGAUGGCCGUCGUUUGACGGGGCCAACUGCGAAUGCUGAGCAGGCUAGUGAGGUUGGGGCCCGCCCUCAGUCUCCGCUCAUUGGCUGCUGGAUGGAAUUAAGGUGAAUGGAGCCCAUUUCCAACGUCGAGGACCCCAACUCAUCAGAGGGAGAUGAGAAACGGUGGCCUGAUGGCCCAAAAAGGAAGAGAAAGAACAGCACAUGUUCGGUGAAGAGCAUGUCUGCACUGAGCCUCUCUGUCCAAGGAUACAUCCCCAGCUACUUGGAGAAGGAUGAGCCGUGUGUGGUAUGUGGAGACAAGGCCACCGGCUACCAUUACCGCUGCAUCACCUGCGAGGGCUGCAAGGGUUUCUUCAGGCGCACCAUCCAGAAGAACCUUCAUCCGGCUUACUCCUGUAAGUACGAUGGCUGCUGUAUCAUCGACAAGAUCACAAGGAACCAGUGCCAACUGUGUCGCUUCAGGAAGUGCAUCGCAGUUGGCAUGGCCAUGGACUUGGUGCUGGACGACUCUAAGCGGGUUGCCAAGCGGCGUCUGAUUGAGGAGAACCGGGAGAAGAGGAAGAAAGACGAGAUUGUGAAGACAUUGCAGACCCGUCCGGAACCCGACAGCUCGGAGUGGGAGCUGAUUCGCCAUGUGACAGAGGCCCACCGCCACACCAACGCGCAGGGCUCCCACUGGAAACAGAAACGCAAGUUCCUGCCUGAGGAUAUCGGUCAGUCCCCCGGGGUUCCCACCCCAGACGGAGACAAGGUAGACCUGGAGGCCUUCAGCGAGUUCACCAAGAUCAUCACCCCUGCCAUCACACGCGUCGUCGACUUUGCCAAAAAACUACCCAUGUUCUCAGAGCUGCCUUGUGAGGACCAGAUCAUCCUAUUGAAAGGCUGCUGUAUGGAGAUCAUGUCCCUGCGUGCCGCCGUGCGCUAUGACCCAGAGAGCGAGACGCUUACCCUGAGCGGCGAGAUGGCGGUGAAGAGGGAGCAGCUGAAGAAUGGCGGGCUGGGCGUGGUGUCGGACGCCAUCUUUGAUUUGGGCAAGAGUCUGGCACAGUUUAACCUGGACGACUCUGAGGUGGCCCUGCUGCAGGCUGUGCUCCUCAUGAGCUCAGAUCGCUCGGGCCUGACGUCGGUAGAUAAGAUCGAGAAGUGCCAGGAGACGUACCUGCUUGCCUUCGAGCAUUACAUCAACCACCGCAAGCACAACAUUCCCCACUUCUGGCCCAAGUUGCUGAUGAAGGUGACGGACCUGAGGAUGAUCGGGGCGUGCCACGCCAGCCGCUUCCUCCACAUGAAGGUGGAGUGUCCCAACGAGCUCUUCCCUCCGCUCUUCCUGGAGGUCUUCGAGGACCAGGAAGUAUGAACUGACUUCUGACCUGGAAUAGAUGGAAGAGAGAGGGGGGAAUUAUUAGGGGAAAAGAAAAGGGGUAAAGAAAUUGGCCGCUUUCUUUGUUUUGUGAAACACAAUAUCACCACCACCAGCAGCACGGAUAGUCACCAAGAAAAAGGUCUCAGAAAACCAAAGGCUUUCUUUUGCGUAGCCGUUUUGAUGAUUCGUUUCUGGCCGCACUUGGGGCUCUUGUGGCUGCUGGGCCCCACUUUGAGUUGGGGUGUGGGGCCCCCCUCUAAAGUGUGGUUCUCUGACUGCACUGUGCAUCUAUCUAAUAGAGAGGCUAGCAGCCCUGAGCGGUGUUCUGCUCCUGUGUUGUUAUACACCAGGUGCACAUGUAUGCAAACCCAAACCCCCGAGGUCUGGUUGGGGUAGCGGUACUGGUGGGGAGCUCUGUGUUAGUGGAAGGCAAUCGCUCUGAGGCAGACAAACAUAUACACGCGUACAAUCACUUUACAAAAUCAAACCUCACACAUAAAGCCACUGAUGUACAUCUACAUUCACCUAACACACACACUGCUAUAGACACACAUAUUCAUACAUGGGACUGACGUAGCUUUUCAGAGCCGCCCGUCACUCGAGCAGGGCAGAUAGCUGCUGUAUUUUGUCCCACAAUCGAGCUUCCAUCAGAGCCUCCACCCUCCAACCUGCUCCCCUCUUCGGCCUCCUCACCGUCCUCCACUGGGACAGUCACCAAGUCUUCCCCCACACUUCACCUUCCACCCCCUGAUGUGCAGCCCAAACUCCUCCUAGCCAAGGCGUGUACUUGUGAACCUACCUCCCUGUACCUUACGUACCCCCCCUUACACAGAGUGACACAUAAACCUCUCUUUAUGACAAUGGAUACAAACAACAUCCAAUUUGUUGUGCAAAGGUGCAAGUGUACCGUCAUGUAUAUACACAACCCUUUACCCUCAUACAUACAAGUACUGUAUACCUAUCUUACUGCAUGUAUACAGUACACCGGUCUACCUGCAUGCACAUAUACCUCUGUACCUGCAUUAUAUACCCACUGGUUUACCUCCAUGUACUCCUCAUCCUAUACAUACCUGUCUACCUGAAUACAGCCAUACCUCUUUAAUAUAUAUAUA